AUGUCGGCUCCAGGCAUCGGAAACUUGAGCACACUCAUCAAGAGACUGGAAGCAGCAACUUCCCGCCUCGAAGACAUUGCCCUCCAUCAGUCUUCAGGCACCUCGACGCAAAGGGAGUUCCCAGCUGCUGCACCAGCUUUGGCUGCCGCCUCUGUGCCGCCUCCCCCGGCUGCUGCUGUCGAGCCAGCCAGAGAUGUUCCGGCAGCGGUCAAAGCAUACGAUGAAGAGGUAGGACAAGCUCUCGACGAGUUUAAGCAGCUCAGCGCCAAGAUCGGUGGCGUAGUGAACGAGCAGGCUGCAAGCGUGUUCAAGACCUUUCAGGCACAGCGUGACCUCAUCUUGCUUGCUGCAUCCAGUCAAAAGCCGGCCGGAGGUGCUGGCUCGCCCGCAUUCGCCGAGCUGCUCAAGCCGCUCCAAGCUGCACUCACACAGGUCAUCGAGAUGCGCGACAAGAAUCGUGGAGACAAGCAUCACUUUAAUCAUCUCAGCACCGUCAGUGAAGGUAUCCCGGCUGUGGGAUGGGUUGCAGUCGAACCAAAGCCAGGUCCGUACGUCGGCGAAAUGAAGGAUAGCGCCCAGUUCUACGCCAAUCGUGUCAUCAAGGACUUUAAGGAUACGGAUAAGACGCACGUGGAAUGGACUCGCGCCUUUAUCAAGCUUCUCGAAACUCUGAAAACGUACGUGCUCAAAACUCAUACUACCGGUCUGGCUUGGAACCCCAAGGGAGGCGAUGCUGCCUCUUUCAAGGCAACUUCGAGCGCAGCUCCAUCUGCAGGUGCGCCUCCGCCGCCUCCACCUCCGCCUCCUGCCGUUGACCUGUCUGCCGGAGCCGCUGGCGGUGCAGGCGCAGGCGGUAUGGAUGCCGUGUUUGGACAGCUCAACCAGGGUGAAAACAUUACGAAGGGACUUAAAAAGGUUGAUGCCAGUCAGAUGACGCACAAGAAUCCCGAGCUGCGAGGCACAGCGGCGCCUCCACCGACCAAGGCUGCUCCACCCAAGCUCGCAGCCAAGCCGGCGCAGUUGAAAGCCAAGAAGCCACCCAAGACGCAGCUGGAUGGCAACAAGUGGGCGGUCGAGUACCACGAGGACAAUCGCUCGAUCGUGAUCGACCAGACCGAGCUCAACCAGACAGUCAACAUUUUCAACUGCAAGAACAGCAUCAUUCAGAUCAAGGGCAAGAUCAACGCUGUGCAGAUGACCAACUGCACCAAGACAUCGAUCCUCGUCGAUACGCUCGUCUCUUCGCUAGAGGUGACGGGAUCGCCGUCGUUUGCGGUGCAGAUCACGGGACGUGCUCCCACCAUUUUGUUGGAUUCGUGCGAUAGCGGGCAGAUCUACCUUUCGGAUAAGUCGUUGGACUCGGAGAUCAUUGCCGCCAAGUGCAGUGCGAUCAACAUCAACUUGCCAGUGCAAGGUGGUGAGGAGGGUGAGUUUGAAGAAUAUGCGCUGCCGGAGCAGCUCAAGCACACGGUCGACAGUCUCGGCCAGAAGGGUAAGAGUCGCAUCAAGACCGAAGUUGUUGCUCACACUGCUUGA